ACAACAGCAGCCUAUUUUAAGGACAUUCACAAAUAAUGGCGACCACAUUGGGUCUUAGGGCAGCCGGCAAGAAGCUACAGUGUGGUUUUCUCAGUUGCUGCCUUUGGUUACUGCUGUUGCAGUUGUAUGAUAGCGGCGGCCGUCAUGUGUUGGCCGAAAACGCUGUCAUUGCGGAUGAUAAUGAUAUCUCGCAUAUUGGCGAUGAUUGUCAGGUGACCCCAGUCAUACAUGUUCUACAAUAUCCUGGAUGUGUGCCGAAGCCAAUACCCUCGUUUGCAUGUGUAGGUCGAUGUGCCAGUUACAUACAGGUUUCCGGUAGCAAAAUCUGGCAAAUGGAACGCUCCUGCAUGUGCUGCCAAGAAUCAGGCGAGCGUGAGGCAGCCGUCUCACUGUUUUGUCCCAAAGUGAAACAUGGUGAACGAAAAUUCAAAAAAGUCCUUACCAAAGCCCCCCUGGAAUGUAUGUGUCGACCAUGUACCGCGAUUGAGGAAUCUGGUAUUGUACCUCAAGAAAUUGCUGGCUAUUCGGACGAAGGACCUCUAAAUAAUCAUUUUAGAAGAAUAGCUCUACAGUAG